CUCCCAGCGCCCAUUAGGAGUAUCCGUCACAUCAACACAUCACAUCAUAUCCAUCAUGCACUCAAUUCUACCCUUACUUCUCUCUGUCGGUCUGAGUGCCGCCCAGGAAUCAGCUUUCUCUCCUUGCCCCAUUCUCGGUCCUAGGUUCCCGAAUCCCAAGUCAAUUGCUACGUCUACAAUCGUUCGAGAAGCGUUGGAAAACCUCACCAAGGCUCUUGAUUCGUAUAUGGAUGCCGGAGACGGAGAAAAUGGCCCAGUCUACCCGAAUACCACCUCGCUGAGUAUUUCACUCUUCUCCACUGAGAUGAGUAACUCCUCCGACACUUUUCUAUACGAGUACCAUCAUACAGCGACAGCAGAAGGGAAUUCUACAUCAGAGGUUAUCGAAGCAGGUCCAGACACAGUGUACCCCAUUGGUGAUCUGACGACGCUCUUCACUGUUUACCUAUUUCUCAAAGAGGCGGGCGAAGCUUACUGGAACGAUCCAGUCACCAAAUUUGUACCUGAACUUCAAGAGUAUGCCACCAAAGGAGGGAAGGGUAAAAUAGCUUGGGAUGAGAUUACUUUAGGAGAUCUGGCCGGAAAUUUGGGCGGGAUUGGUGGAUUUACCCUACAUGAUGACGCGUUGAAUCAAGAUUUGGCAUCCUUUCUCGAUGAACAAAGUGUUCCGAGUAGCGUCAAGUCUUCAUCGUGUACUUCCGGUAACUCAACAUGUGGGCGCCAGGACUUCCUCGAGUACUUUGGUAGCAUAGCACGCCCGGUAUACAGCCCAGCGAAUACGCCGAUAUUAUCCAACUCCGGCUUCAUUAUUCUCUCCUUCGCAUUGGAGACGAUCACCGGGAAGCCUUUCAACGACCUUCUUCAGGACAGUCUGCUAAAUGAACUUGGACUUGCAAACACCACCCUGUCGCCCCCAUCCCAGAGUAACACCAAAAUUCCUUCAUUCAAAGCUUCAGGAAACGUUUCACACACGUCCAUAGACGUCGAAGCCCCCUUCAAUGGCCUCUACUCCACUUUAACCGACGUCUCCAAGCUAGUCCAAAGCAUCAUGCGCUCCGACCAUCUCUCCAAAGCAACAACGAACCGCUGGCUCAAGCCCAUCGCGCACACUUCCAAUCGCGCAAACAGCAUCGGACGUCCAUGGGAAAUCUUCAGUCUACCUCUGACCCAGCAACUCAUCAGCCCCAUGUACCAAGUCCGCGGGAACAAGGGCUUGGCCUCUUCCCACAUCGGCAUAGCUACAGACUACAAUCUCGGUUUUGCUAUCGUGGGCGCUGAUACCGAAGCGAAUCCUGAUUUCAAUGCUUGGGCGGAUAUCCUGGCGAGGGAGAUGGUUCCUGCGCUCGAAGAAAACGCGUUGAAGGAAGCGGCGAGGAAGUACGCUGGUACUUAUCGAUCUGUGGAUGCAGAGACGGACCAAGAGAUACAACUUACUAUUGCUAGACCUACAGAUUCAACACCUGGAUUGGGCGUUGUUGCUUUCAACAGCUCCACCACAGAUUUGUUUGGGGUUUAUGCGAAGAUGGCGAGCAUCAAUCGUGAUGCUCUAAGCAUGCGAUUGUAUCCCACCGACGUAGAUGUCGGCAAAGGGGUGGAUGGUCUUGUCAUGCGCGCAGUUUUGCAGGAUAAGUCGGCUUUUGCGGAUGCAGGGACACCCACUUGUGAUACUUGGAGGUCAGUGGAUCGGUUGCAAGUGAAUGGAUUGGGUAUGGACGAAUUCAAGUUUGUGGUCGGAGAAGGCGGAACCAUGCGGUUAGAUAUCGACGCUUUGGGGGUGAAACUGGUAAAGGAAUAA